AGCAAAGACGUGCAGAAGAAGGUGGGGAAGACGGGCACGCAGCACGCUCUCCCUCUCACGAAAUCUAAAAUUCCUAAAUAUACGUUUACCACACACACACAAUAAAAAAAGCAACUAUAUAUAUACUAUUUUCCAUUUUCUCGAGAAACUCCAUCACAUAUUCACAUCACACACACACUCAUCAUAAGAUUCUUCUGUCACAACUCACAAGCAUCGAGGAAUCACUUCGCUCACGGUGAUCGGAGAAACCAUGGAUGAUGAAGUUGUUCAGCGCGUUUUCCAUGAAGGAGGACGCGAUUACUUCCAGCAACAACCUUCAACUUCAUCGUCUUCUUCCUCCUCCAUCCUCCAAUCUCUCCCUCUCCAUGUGUCUUUUGAUCAUGGAUAUUAUUUGUUGGUAAAAUCGAUCCAAGAACUUCGAGAGAAAAAGGAUGGUCUUGUUACAGUUGGCAUUGGUGGUCCAAGUGGUUCUGGUAAAACAAGCUUAACGGAAAAGGUGGCAUCUGUUAUUGGUUGUACUGUUAUAUCAAUGGAGAAUUAUUGUGAUGGAGUUGAUGAAAGGAAUGAUCUGGAUUCUAUAGAUUUUGAUACCCUGAUCAAGAAUCUUGAGGAUUUGACAACAGGUGAUGAUACAUUAAUUCCAGAGUUUGACUAUCAGCAAAAGAGAUGUAUUGGCUUUAAAGCAAUAAAGAGUACUUCAUCUGGGGUGGUAAUUGUUGAUGGUACAUAUGCAUUACAUGCAAAACUAAGGUCUUUACUGGAUAUUCGAGUUGCUGUGGUUGGUGGUGUUCAUUUUAGUCUUCUUUCUAAAGUCCGCUAUGACAUUGGAGAUUCUUGUUCUCUGGAUUACCUUAUAGAUAGCAUUUUCCCGUUGUUUAGAAAACACAUUGAGCCAGAUCUUCAUCAUGCACAGAUCAGAAUUAAUAAUAGCUUUGUCUCAUCGUUUAGAGAGGCAAUCUACAAGGUUAAAUGCCGAAGCGAGUCUUCAGAGGGGCAUUCAGAUUCUGUCUUUCAAGGAAAUGAAACCCAAACAGAUAAUUUUAUUGAAAUGUACCUUAGACCACCUUCAGCUAGUGAAGAAGCAAGAAUAAACGACUGGAUCAAAGUGCGGCAGUCUGGAAUUAGGUAUUACUUAUCACUUGGGGACCAGAGGAUUGUUGACAAAAAUUUCAUAAUCAGGCCUAAAGCAGAGUUUGAGGUUGGACGAAUGACAUUGGGUGGAUUGCUGGCUCUUGGGUACAAUGUUGUGGUUAGUUAUAAACGGGCAUCCACAACUGUCAAUUAUGGCAAGGUUUCAAUGUCUUAUGAAACCAUUGAUGCUCUUGGUGAGACAUUCUCAGUGAUGAGAGGAACUAAUAGGAAGACUGUUGGAACAGAAGCUUUGAGGAUGGGUAUCAAUGGACCUUGGAUUACUAAAUCCUACCUGGAACUGAUUCUUGAGAGAAAAGGCGUACCCCGUCUUAGUACACCGCCACUUGUGUCUAAUACAACUGUGAUUGGUAGUCAAGAAACCGCAAUCGUUGCACCAAAGCCAAUUCGUCUUACUCCUAACCUUGUUACUGGGCUUGAGGAUGUAUCUCAGCCGUGGACUCGAUCCCCAACUAAAUCGAAAAUAGAACCUGUUAUGGCUGCAUGGCAUUUCAUAUCUUCUGAAUCUUCCCAGCCUGACAACUCAGUACUAGAUCCAUCUUUCAGGGACAACAUUAGGCUUGCUCCAAUGCCUGAUUCAUAUGACUUGGAUAGGGGAUUGCUUUUGGCUGUUCAAGCAAUACAAGCUUUGUUGGAGAAUAAAGGUGUCCCAGUCAUAGUCGGAAUUGGAGGUCCUAGUGGGUCUGGAAAGACUAGUUUGGCUCAUAAAAUGGCAAAUAUCAUUGGUUGUGAAGUAGUUUCUCUGGAAAGCUAUUAUAAACAAAUAAAGGAUUUUAAAUAUGAAGACUUCAGCUCCCUUGAUUUAUCUUUGCUUACAAAGAAUAUUGAUGACAUACGAAAUGGUCGAAUAACAAAAGUACCUAUAUUUGACUUGGAAAGUGGUGCUCGGAUUGGCUUCAAGGAACUAGAAGUUUCUAAAGAUUGCGGAGUGAUUAUAUUUGAAGGCGUGUAUGCUUUGCAUCCUGAUAUCCGAAUAUCACUCGACUUGUGGAUUGCUGUUGUAGGAGGUGUUCAUUCACAUUUGAUUUCAAGAGUUCAAAGGGAUAAGAGUAGAGUGGGAUGUUUUAUUUCCCAAAAUGAGAUCAUGAUGAGAGUUUUUCCUAUGUUCCAGCAGCUUAUUGAGCCUCAUCUUGUUCAUGCACACCUUAAAAUUCGAAAUGACUUUGACCCUGUGCUUUCUCCUGAGAGUUCAUUGUUUGUACUAAAGAGUAAUAAAAAAGUAGCUUAUCAAGAUAUUCUAGCAAUUCUUGAUCCAGCAAAGUUUUGCAGUUCUGUUCAGAAAUUUAUUGAUAUAUAUAUACGGCUUCCUGGAAUUCCUUCUAAUGGAAAGUUGUCAGACAGUGAUUGUAUUCGAGUCAGAAUAUGUGAAGGCAGAUUUGCAUUACUUAUACGUGAGCCUAUCAGAGAAGGAAACUUCAUAAUUCAGCCUAAAGUGGAUUUUGAUAUUGGCAUUAGUACGGUUGCUGGUCUUCUUAACCUUGGAUCUCCUGCUAAAGAAGAAUUUGGUGUCCUUUUCUCUUUUUUGGAUCGCCUACUGCCACCACCGACCGUCGCUGCAGCCAAUGACGACUUAUCUGGUUUUGCUUUCAGAUCUGGAAGCGUUUUUCUUGAAAUUGUGGCUAUGCAACCAUAUGCCACAUUACAACUGUUAUUGGAUUUGGCAAGUGUGGUAUAUUGAGUUUGGAAUUUUCAAUUCAAUUGGAAGCUGGCUAAUGGGAAUCACAUCUUGGGCUGCUACCUUCACGAAGAAAAAAAAAGGUUUCACAAAUAUAAGGAUUUCAAGAUUCAGAAGAAUCAGAACAUUGUUGGCUCAUGUGAUGUCAAGUUCCCAAUACGGCUGGUUUUUCGCCCUUGUUUGCUGACUCAGCUACCCUACGACACUCCAGAAGAAUUGGUUUUUGUCUUGCAUCAAUUUCAGCCAGAUCAAGUAUGAGAAGUUGUCUUUUGCCUGCCCAUGGAUUUAGCAGAAGUUCGAAAGAUUAUUCAAUUUGAAGUAUGAGAAGUUGGCUUUUAUCGCCAUGGAUUUACUAGAAGUUUGAAAGGUUAUUCAAUUCAGAAAUUCGCCAAGACUGUCAUUAUUAAGGGAUAUCUAUUAAGAUAAUUUUCUUCUUGGGUUCGAUUUGUUACAAGCUUAAAGCUAAGUAAGCUUUAGCUUGAGGGGGAGUGUUGAAUAUCUGUUUAGAUUUAGUUUCUUUUUAUCUAUUUGUUAGUCUAUAUAUAUUGUAGUCAAGUCAAGUAUUAUCAAUGAAAUACAAGUAUUAUUUUAUCAAAUUCAAGUUGGUAUCAGAGCUGUUUCCAGGGCUUAUAUACCGUAUGAAGUACCCCAAGAUUGCUAACCGUACAGUUCUCUGCACCACGUGGCUCUUUGGUCCAGUCAAGUUCACAAUUAGUGUGUUGGGUUGCUCUAGUUUCUUGUUUUGGUUUCUUGGUUUUAGUUGGCAUAAUUGUGGUUUUAGAGUUGGAAAAGAUUUUUGGAUUGUUUUUGGGAAUAUCUCUCUCCGGCAGCAGCAGCUUCUCAAGUUAAUUAUAUUUGUUACAAGCUAUGCAUAUGACAAAUAUGCUCUAGCUUGAGGGGUAGAUCUGGAUAUUGUUAAAUCUUAAUUAUAUUUGUUACAAGCUAUGCAUAUGACAUAUAUGCUAUAGUUUGAAGGGAAGUGUUGGAUAUUGCUAAAUAUCCUAAUAGAGACCACAGUCAACCACCGCCGACAAUCGUUAUCCUUGUUGCUGGUUUGGUGGAGGGUGUAUUCAAGAAGUGUUUGGUUGGAUCUAAUUGUAUUGCGCUGCAUUGUUCUCGCUGGUCCUAUUUGUGUUUCGGCCAGGUUUGGUUUUUAAGGUCCUCUAUUUGACGUGUGUUGUGGCGCCACCGUUAAUGGUCGUCCGGUCUUCCUCUUCCAGUUUGGUUUGUGGGUCUUCUGUGUUUUCUCAUCUGCGAUGUUUCUUGCUGUUUGAGUUCUUAGUUUGCGUGUCAUGGUUCGUGAUGCUCUUAUUAUAUUGAUCUUGGCUGACUUUAUGCAAUUUGGUUUUGUUUGGUUUUGAAGGUGACAGUGUCACCUUCGUUUGUUUUGUCUCGAUUGUUUGGUUUUCUGGUUUUAGGGCUUCAACUGCAAGUUGCGCUGGCCCACUCUCUAGUUGAGAGUUAUUGGUUUUGGUUUUAGGGCUCUAGCUGCGAGUUGCGCUGGCCCGCUCUCUAAUGUUUGAGAGUUGUCUGUGUCAAAGUUGACACCAUUGUUUGUCUUAGAAGCCAUCAAUCGAUCGACCUCAAGUAUGUUUUAUUUCUGUGUGGUUGUUGUUGGUGAGUUGUUGCUUCAGCCUUGUUCAGUCCUGGACGUGAGGGGGUGUGUUAGAAGUCCCACAUUGGCUAGAGAUAGAGCAUAGAUAGCCUUUAUAUAUGGUUGUGCAAACCUUAACUCUUGAGCUAGCUUUUGUGGUUGAGUAUAGGCCUCCCAAUUUCUAAUAAUAUGCACCAAACUUGUUACAUAUUUAACUAAUUCUAGGACCUCUCAAGGACUUAGUAAAGACAUAUGCCAAUUGAUCGUUUGAUUUCCAUUAGCAGUUGAUUGUUAGAUAUAUAAAUAACUAAUUCUAGUGCCUAUGUUUCAUUCUGUUAGCCAUUGUGAAUUUUCAAGAGGUCCAACAUUCACCCAACACUUAACAUAUCAUGUUGACUUCAUGCUUUAGGCAAGGGAAACCAGGGUAUAGAUUUGAGUUUUACCAAGUUCCAGAACUUAGAUUGUGUCAGCCUGCUGUUCCUAUUGCAUUUGAAUUAAGAAUCUGGGUUUUCCAAGGUACUCAGAUCAAUUGGAUAAGGUGGGGGCAUGAACAGAUUUGGAGGUAUUUCCUUCUCAGUUUCAAAGAUUGGGCGAUUCUUAGGUUGCAAGUUUGCAAAUCAUGGUCAUUAGAGAAGACAUCCAAUCAGAAAUCUAUUACUGAUUUGCAUGGACUAUUUGAGGUGUGAUAAGAAGCAUUGGUUGGGAGUAGUACGAGCUGAAGAAGAAAGAUUUGGUAACUCUACAGCAAAAACAGCCUCUUUUGCUUCUAAUCUUAGCAGGGAAUGAACUACCAGUACAGCCUGGACAAGUGUUGACAGCAACUCUAGGUUCUCCAGUUGAAUUACAAGGAUUGGUUACAGGCAUAAUCUGCUGGAACAAGAUGGUUUGGCUGUUGGCUCAAAGGGAAAUUGUGGUCUCUCAUUUUCCCUCUGCUUGUCAUGUUUUAAAUAGUGGGAUCGUGGUGGUAUUUUGUUUAUAGUUAUCAGUAUUUUAUUAUAAGUACAACAUGUAUCUUGAUACCAUACAAAUUCUUGAAGCAGCGAUACGUAUCGCAGUAUGAAUCUAAAAUGAACUUGCAUCUCAUUUUGUAUCUCUGAGUCGGAGCUGAAUCUUACGAUUCACGGUUCACUGUUGAAUCUUACGAUUCAAAGUUGUGUACAGGUUGCACUCCAGUCAAGUCAGGUUGUGUGACUCGUAUGUGAAGAUAAGAGAUACAGAGAGAAAACAAAAAUAACAGAAAAUAGAAAUUGAAUGUAACUUGUAUUCAAAUUCUGAAGUCAUUACAAAGAGUAGACUUAUAUAGCAUACUAUUACUAACUGUAAGUACAUGUGCAAACCACAUGUUAACUAGCUAGUGCACAUGCACAGCAUAGCUGGCACUUAUAGGUGUGGGUAUCGAUACGGCCAUAUAUGUACUUAGCACCUAUGAGAUUAAAGUUGCUACUUACAGAGGUAAAGGAAUGAGUAUGGUUAUUUUAAAUUACCGGUUUGGGGAUGAGUACGAUAAUACCCUACCCAAACCUUGCCCGUUAUCACCCCUAACUUAUAUUUGUCAAAAUGAUAGAUACCUCUUGCAGAUUUCUUUCUUAAACUUGUCUACAGUUGGUGUG